AUGAAUUCGACUUUAGAAAAAAUUUCAGCGGAAGACUGGCAUUAUAAAUAGAAGAGCAUUAACAUACCGAAAUCAUUUAUGAAUCAGAUCGUUUUGAAUUUCUUUAUUGUGGAAGGAUACAGAGAUGCUGCAAUAGAAUUUUCUAAAGAAGCUGAUAUACCAUUGUCUAAUCAAGAACUUGAUUAAAUGAUUGAGAGAAUUGAAAUUAAGAAAAAUAUUUUAGAUGGUGACAUUGACUCUGCAUUAGAAAAGGUCAACAAGAAAAAUAAUAAUUUAAUACUUUUUAAAUUGAAAACAUAAAAAUUAAUUGAGCUCAUUAAGAAAGAUUAAAUUGAUCAAGCAGUUAAAUACGCCUAGACUGAAAUUAUACCACUCCUACCCAACUAACCUCACCUGAUUGAGGAAAUAGAAUAAGCCAUUGCUUUAAUAGCAUUUUCAGAUAUUAAAAAGAGUCCAAUGAACCAUCUUGUCUAAAAUUCUCAAAGAAUCAAAGUGGCUAGCGAAAUCAACCAACAUUUAUAUCAGGACUCUAUGGGAAAUGAUUAGGCUAAAUUAAGAACAUUAAUGAAAUUGCUGUUAUGGGCUUAAGAAAUAUUAAAGUGUGAGAUAUAAUACCCCCAACUCUUGGAAAUUUCAAAAGGGCAAUUCUCUAAGGAGGAAUGA